GUGUGUGUGUGUGCGUUGUUUAAUUGGGUACGCGGGAAGCUGUGGGCUGCAACCUUUCUGUCGUUGCGGGCGCUGAAACACAAAACCUUUCCUGGAAACAGAUUCCGGGAACCUCCAUCAGUCCGCCUGAACUGCGCUACAGCUGCACUUUACAAAGAGCUCGCGCUCCGCUUCGGUCGCACUUUUAAUCUGCAGCAGAACACACGGAUAUAUUUUCUUAUUUUGGCUGCUGUGGUAAAUAAAUACUGAUAGUGAGAAUUUAUUGGAUUGCUGUUAAGUUUUUUUUAUUUUUAUUUUUUAAUGGUAGCGAUCAUUUUAUUUCUUCUUGAUUUAAGACCUAUGUUUGGUCAAAAAUGGUUGCCAGGGCAGUGACCAUUUUGCAUCAUGAGGAACAAGGAGGUUCCUGCUGCCCAUAUCCUUCCCCCCCAACUUGGGAUCCAGCAGAAGACCUCCGCUGCAUCACCACCACCUUCCAGUACCUACAGACCUCAGGUUGGUAUUGGGGCUCUAUCUCAGCUAGUGAAGCUCGAGAAGCUCUUCUGACAAAGUCUGAAGGCACUUUCCUGCUGCGGGACAGCACUCACCCUCAGUACAUGCUGGCCCUGUCAGUGAAGACUCGCUGUGGACCUACUAGUGUACGUAUAGAGUACAACAAGGGUUGUUUCUGGCUGGACUCCAUUUCCCCUGGCCUGCCUCACUUGAAGUCCUUCCCAGAUGUUCUUAACCUGGUCCAGCACUAUGUUGUCUCAGGCCAGACACAGCAGGACUUGGCAGCAAUUAAGUCCCAAACAAAGCCUGAAACUGCACAGUAUGCAGUUAAAGACAGUGGAGUCCCUCUGAAGCUUGUGCAUCCUCUGCACAGCAUGCAGGGUUUUCCUUCUUUGCAACACUUGACGCGCCUCACCAUUAACAAGCACACAAACUGCCCUGACCGGCUGCCUCUCCCAAAGCCUCUGCUGCGCUUCCUGCAGAAUUACCCUUUCUUUAUAUGAGGAUCUCUGAGAUGGAUAAAAUGAUACGAACACAGUCAGGGUCACUCUCCAUGACCACAUGCUGUGAAUCUGGGGCAGUGAAAGACCCAGCACAGCAGAGGAUGGUGCAAGGGGUAAAGACUGGUUAAGCACAAUAAACCAGAUUGACCUCAACCAUGAAUGAGCUCAAUCUUAUUCCAGCAUAAUUUUGUUUAAAUUAUUUUUCUGUUUGCCUCAGCUACUGUGAAAUGUGCAAUGCCAAUAUUUGAACUCUAUUAUUCUUUUUUAAUUUUCAUUAUUGUUAUUAUUAUUGGUGCACAUUAUACUAUCAAUAAAAAGCAUAAACUUGGGGUCAAUUUCUUUUUCCUUUUUAAUAAAGCAACCAAAAUCUAUAAAUAAUAAAUCAGUGAAAAGGUAGUAACAGUCUGCUUUGUCUUUUCAGCAGAUUUGGGUUUUGAAUGUGAAGAUCUCUGUUUUCUGAACUUAGGAGCUCAUUAAAAGUGUUGUUUGGAAUGAGUGUUAAACAUGAACUCGACUUCAUUAAAUCAAUAAAUCUGGUUAUUUACAGUUCAACUAACAGUGAUCCAAUGUAACACUUUUAAUGUCUGUUCAUCUCAGUUUCGGAAAUGCAGCAGAACAUUUCCCCAUGUAAUGUUAUUAUUAUUUUCUUUUCAUAGCUGUCGAUUCAGCAAAUUCAACACAUUAAGUAUGAAUCAUCAGGAUUCUUCCCUCCCUGCUUUUCUGGGUUUUAUUGGACAUAAAUAAAUCCAAUCAUAUUAUAAUCAAACAUUUACAAAUAUGGAGGAUACACCAAUAAGUUAUGUAUGAGUGAAAAGAUCAUGCUGUUGUUAUGUGACGUGCAGACUGGA